AUGAGUCUGCGGAAGCUGAAGUGGCGAGGCAUCGGCCGCCUAGAAUUACUUGCAUGGAUCAAUGACUUCUUAGAGACCGAUUACACCAAGAUUGAGCAUCUCGCAGACGGGAUCGCUUACUGCCAAAUUUUCGAUGCCUUGUACCCGGGCAAAGUCAACCUGCAGAAGUUGAACUUUCAUGCUAGAACCGAAAUGGAGUUCGAGCGAAAUUUGAGGGUGCUUCGACGCACAUUCCACCUGUGCGAGAUCAAAAAGGAAAUCCCCAUUCGAAAGCUUAUCCAAGGUGUUUUUCAGGAGCAUUUCGAGUUUCUGCACUGGGUUCAUGACUACGCCCAUAAGACCUGCCCGGACGCCGUUCGUUCCUACCAUGGCUUUGAGCGUCGUCAAGAGGCCUUGAGGCAGUCGUUCUCCCAGGCAAAGAGCAACACAACCAACACCAACCUGAUCCCGAAGUAUUCGAACUCUAUGAAGGCUCCAUGUGAACUUUACAUUGGGGCUUUUGCACCGGGUACAGAAGAAUUCGAAGAUGCAUCAAGCUCAGCCGAACAACCAACUUCAGCCGAGGUUAGCGAGGAAGAAGAUGGAGUUUUAGCUCCAGAUGGGGGCGAAGAACUCGAUGGAAUGGAUCCUGCUUUACGCGUUAUUCGACCCCGAGAGCUCCCUGUCCAGCAGCUCACUUUUCAACUCACUCGCGACCUAGCUCCAGGCAACACGGCUGUGACUGCGAUCGCAAAAGCUCGCAAGAUGUUCAAGAUGUGGCUGUCGGCGCUGUGCUGCACCGCCCUUGGGCUUGUAGCAGAAGCCAUGGCCGACGAUUUUGACGCUCAAGCUGAAGCCAUCGUGGCCAGCUUCACGACGGAGCAAGUUCUCGGCCAAAUGGCGCAGAUCCCGAUCUACAGUUUCAUGAACGCCGACAACACGCUCAACGAGACGUUGUUCCGCAACUACGCCAAGCUCAAGAUCGGCUCGUAUAACUUGAUCCCCUUCAACGAUGCAACCAACGACGUCACCGGUGAAUACGGCUGGACUGCACCGGAGUGGAGAAAGGUGAUAACCCGCAUCCAAGAGAUCGCCAUGGAGGAGAACGACGGCGUCCCGAUGAUAUACGCGCUCGACUCGGUCCGCGGAGCCAACCACGUCAUGAAUACGACCAUGUUUGGUGCUCAGAUCAACGCCGGCGCCUCUUUCAACCCUGACCUCGUGUACAAGCAAGGCGUGAUCACUGGUCAGGACACGCGUGCGGCAGGUAUUUCCUGGAUCAUGGGGCCUGUUCUCGAGAUCUCGCACAACCCGCUGUGGCCGAGAACCUUCGAGACGUUCGGUGAAGACCCGUACCUUGUCACGGUCAUGGCUGAAACUAUCACGAGGGGUUUGCAGAGCUCCAACGAGACGGCUGCGUGCCUCAAGCACUUCGUAGCGUACUCGAAAACGCCUACCGGGCACGACCAGGACGGAGUCGCCAUUUCCGAUUACGACUUGCUCAACUACUUCCUCCCGCCGUUCAAGCGCUCUAUGGAGGCAGGGGCUCUGUCGACCAUGGAGAACUACAUCUCGGUCAACGGAGUCCCAACGAUCGCGAACAACAGGAUUCUCCAGGUCUUGUUGCGUGAAGACAUCGGGUUCGACGGCGUGGCGCUCAGUGACUUUGGCGAGAUUGGCAUGAUGAAUACCUUCCACCGAGUUGCUCGGGACACCAACGAGGCUGUCCGGUUCUCCUACACGCACACCGGAAUCGACAUGGCCAUGGGGUCCGACACCGCGUACCUCAACGGAACCACCGUUCUCGUUGAAGAGAGCCCCGAAUAUCUCGAUCGUAUGAAGGAGACUGCCAAGCGCGUGAUCAAGAUGAAGCUCAAGCUCGGACUGUACGACAACCCGGUACCUGGUGCCGACGACGUCGCAAAGGUGCACAGCGAAGAGGACAUUGCCACAGCGUUGGAGCUCGCUCGGGAAUCGAUCGUGUUGCUGCAGAACAAUGACAGCACGCUGCCUAUUUCAACCUCGGCUUCAGUGUUCCUGACUGGCCACUCGGCCCACAACAUUGGCAACCAAUGUGGCGGAGUCUCUAUCUGGUGGCACGGGUGCUCAGGCAAUGACAACUUCCCGAACGGCAUCUCCGUCAAGGAGGGCAUGGAGGCCAUUGCCGGAAGUGACAAGGUCACCUACUUCAAUGGCCUGGAUUCGGACGGAAACUACUCGGAAGCCAACAUGACCACCGCCAAGCAGUACGCCAGCCAGGCCGAGUACACCAUCGCUGUCAUUGGUGAGCACCCGUACGCUGAGAAGACCGGCGACUUGGACGACCUCGCUCUCCCUGCUGGCCAGAUCGAGUACGUCAAAGAACUCGCGUCCACCGGUACCAAGGUCAUUGUUGUCCUCUUCGAGGGUCGUCCGCGACUUCUUGGAGACCUGCCGGAGAACGUGCACGCCGUUGUCAAUGGUCUGCUCGCUUGCGAACAGGGCGGCAAGGCGAUGGCGGAGAUCAUCUACGGCCAAGUCAACCCCAGCGGACGCAUGCCGAUCACCUACCCGAAGGAUGCCGGCAACAUUCUGAUCCCGUACAACCACCGCGUCUCGACGCAGUGCGCCGACUCGGAGUAUUGCGAGAUGCAAUGGGACUUCGGCACCGGCCUCAGCUACACCGACUUCACCUACUCCGACCUGACGCUCAGCAAGACGAACGUCACGUCCAGCUCCGACUCCAUCGACGUGUCGGUGGUCGUGACGAACUCUGGCAGCAUGGCCGGCAAGGAGACGGUGAUGCUGUUCCUGACGCAGCCGUACCGCUCCAUCUCGGUGCCGGAGGUGAAGCAGCUCAAGAAGUUCUCCAAGAUCAGCCUGGAGGCCGGUGCGUCGCAGACGGUGAACUUCACGCUGACGGCGGACGACUGGAGCGUGUACAAGCCCCAGAUCGGCGAGGGUUUCAAGCAGGUGGCGGAGGACACGGACUACGUGAUCGCGAUCAAGCCGGAGACGGACUGCGACGUGUACAACGAGACUGCUGCGGCGAACCCGUUGUGCGCUACGUUCACGCUGCAGACCGGUGAGUACCUCUACGGAGUAUUCCUCGAGUAA